UGCCUUUUCAUCCGGCGAGCAAAGCGGGGAGCUGCAGGAGAGGCUCUGAAAACAAGAAAAAGCUGCAUGAAAAAGGCAUCGAGCUCAGAGUGAUAGGAAGCAGCAGCUCCCAGCCUGAGCUCCUGCCUCUUUUCUCUGGCCUCUGUUCCUUUAAUAAACUCAUGGUUAUCUAGUGUAACAAAUGUCUCGCUGCCAUCAUCAAGUCCAGGCGAGGAGGGAGGAGUUUUUAAUGUUCAGUUUGUUCUAUGGAUCGAUGUCUGCUGGCAUCGCCUCUCCCCUCGCCUGCACCGUGCGUAAUACACUGUACCAUUACCAAACGCUUUUUACGCGCAUUCCCUCCACAUUUGAUCCGGCGAAAACUGCUUUUGCGGGACUGACUGACACCCGUCGAUCAACAUAUGUGGCACUGAUGGACAAAAACGGAUGGUGAAAGGAGACGAUCCGCAGCCCGUAGGAGGAGGAAGAAGAAGAAGAAGAAGGUGAAAGAACAAGCUCCCGAUUUAAACAUCUGCUUUCGCCCUUUUUUGAGGAAAGCGAUUGGAUUUUUUUCUUUUCUCAUAUAGUGAGAGAGAUUGAACUACUCGGAGAGCCAAAAUAAAGACUCGCACACACACUCUCUCUCUAUGCAUGGACUAUCGUAGACCGCAUUCAGAUUUCACCUGGGCACAGUAGUGAACUGCGACUCCAAAAAAAAAAAGAAAAAAAAAGAAAAGAAAAGAAAGAAAGAAAAUGCCACGGAGGAAACAGCAGGCACCCAAACGGGCUGCGGUGUACAUGCCUGAUGAAGACCCAGCUCUUCAGGACUCCAUCCCUGAAGAAGACGGAGAGAACAACGCUCAGACUGAAGAGGAAUGCUCUGAGAAGGCCAGCCCCAAAGUGUCUGAGGACAGAGAGCUAGACAAUAAGAGCAUUAACACGUAUAGCAACCAGAACUCUCCCAUUAGUGUCUUUUCCAAUCAAGAGGCAGAGUUGGAAUCCCGCCUUAGCGACAGCAGCGACAGACUCUCAGACUUCAAAACCUCAUCGCCACCUGAGAGCCAGAGGGAUGAAGAGAGUCGCAGCUCCAAACAUAAAGAGGAGAUGGGCAGCAGCUUAGAGAAAAUGAGGGCAGCCUAUGCAAACUUUCUCUCAGAUUCCUACUGGACAGGGAUUGGGAUGGACUUGAAAAUAGGCAAAAACACCAGCAAAGCCAACUGUGACAGCACCAAUGGAAGCACCAAGAGUGAGUUUGAUUGGCACCAGGAUGCGCUCUCUAAGACCCUGCAGCAAACACUCUCCCCAAAGCCUGCAUCCAAACCCAACCUCUUUAGUUCUGUCCACCUUUACAGGCAAACCACCAAACCCUGCGGCUCGGUUUUCACAGGAGCCAGCCGAUUUCGCUGUAAAGAUUGUAGCGCAGCUUAUGACACUCUUGUGGAGCUGACGGUCCACAUGAACAAGAGCGGACACUACCAAGACAACAACCACAACAAACAGAGCAACUCCUCUGCCUCGUCCUCGAAAUCUCGGAAGCGAAAUUUGCAAGACAUGGAGGGCAAAGAGGACGCACAGAAAGUUUUGAAAUGCAUGUUUUGUGGUCAUUCUUUUGACUCACUCCAGGAUUUGAGCGUCCAUAUGAUUAAAACUAAGCAUUACCAAAAAGUGCCUUUAAAAGAGCCAAUCCCAGUAAUCACGCCCAAAUUAUUGCCACCAGCAAAGAAACGAGCCUUCGAAACAACAAGACCCUGCUCCCCGGACUCCACGACUGGUGUAGCCGGCUACACUGAGGCACAACGGGCCGCCACCAUUUCAAAUGCCAACAACAGCCGCUAUGGAUAUCAGAACGGAGCGAGCUACACCUGGCAGUUUGAGACAUGCAAGUCUCAGAUUCUCAAAUGCAUGGAGUGCGGAAGCUCCCACGACACCCUUCAGCAACUCACCACGCAUAUGAUGGUCACUGGACACUUCAUCAAAGUUACAAACUCAGCGUCUAAAAAGGGUAAACAGUUAGCGCUUGACCCCCUGGCCGUAGAGAAGAUCCAGGGUUUAGCUGAGUCUGCCGCCAGUGACACUGAGGGAGAAAAAGUGUCUCCAAAAAACCCUUCCCCUGGGAGCAGUGAGAAGGAUAGCCAGGGGGAAGGCCCAUCAGACAAAAUGGAAGAAACUGAAACUAAAGAUGACAAGCAAGAGAGUGAAGAUCAAAAGGCAGGCAAUGGGGCUUUUAAGUACCCUUAUCUCCGCGAGGAGGAUCUUGAACAGGACUCAGGUGGAGGAGGGGACAUUCUUAAAUCUUUAGCCAACACAGUGGCCUCUGCCAUCAAUAAAGCUCAAACGGGGACACCAAGCUGGAGCGCCUACCCGAGCAUUCACGCUGCCUAUCAGCUCUCUGGCAUCAUCAAAAGCACCCCUCUCUCCGCAUCUCCCCCUACUCAGCUAAAGCAGACAUUUAACCACAAGCUGAGACCGAUUGCCCCAAAGGGAAAGUUAUACCACAGUGCUGUGGGAGUUGAGGCUCCCCAGGGACAGCAUCAAAACAUGGACAUCAAAAAGAAAAGGUUGGCAUUAGCGAUGGUAAAGAAAGUCAGAAUAUUAAGUUUGAUCUGCUGGAGAAUGAUGACAGCGAUUGUCAGGAUGAUUCCUCUUCCUCUUCAAAGCUUGAUGCAGACUGUGUGAAUGAAGGGAGCGAAACGAUCAAAGAGAAGUUGAGCCCAGAUUUCUCUGACAGAGGCAAGACACCGAGUCCCACUGCCAGCAAUGGACGCAGCACUACUUCAGAGCCUCUCAGUGACACUCC